AUGAGCAAUAAUUUGGCAAGGAGUAAUAGUGGAGGAAUUGUUUCAUCUUCUAAUAAUAAUGGAGUGGAUGUAUUAAUGUUGGGUUUGCAAGGAAGUGGAAAGAGUUUUCUCAUUAAACAAAUGAAGAAUGUGAUCACCAAUAGUGAAUUAUUAGUGUUUUAUGAUGGCCUACCAACGAAUGGAGUGAAUUUGGAGGAGUUAAUAAUUGGAUCUGGAAAGAAAAAGGCUAAGAAGAUCAAGAUUAGAGAAGUUGGAGGAGGAAUCAUUCUUACUUGGCAUCGUUACUUUGAGGAGUGUAAAGUUAUUGUAUUUGUGAUUGAUGCUUCCAAUUCAAUGCAAUUAUCAGCUUCAUGUAUUGAAUUGUUGAAUUUAUUGGCAAAACUCAAAGAUCAAAAGAAUUUCAUUGUCGUUUUGAAUAAGAGUAGUACAAUCAUUAUGAUGCAUGGUCAUUUCGAUUCCUCCUCUCUGUGGCACUGUAAUUUCAAUCCUUACUCGGAAAACUAUAAUGAUAUUUACCCUAAAUUAUUGGAACAAUAUGAUAUAGAAAGGGCUACAUAUGAAAACUUUGUUGGCGAGGUGAAUAAGCUUAUCAAGUCCCUGAAGAGGAGAUUAACACCAAGUCCUCUCAUUAAAUAUAUUACAAUUGUGCAUAUUAUAUUAAGUAUUUUAACAUUAGGACUGUGGUUAGUGGUAUUUGGUGUGUGGUAUCUAGUUAAUAAUUUGCUAACUCAAAGAAAGGCAGUUAAGGAAACAGAUAAAAUCAAGUAUGAUAUUGAAAGACUAAUCGCUAACGCAAAUUCUAUCAUCUUUCAUCCAAAGGGAUUGGAUGUAAUCACAAUAUUUGAUAUUGAGAAGGAAAAGAGAACUGGAGUUGAAAGCUUUUUGGAAUCAUACAUUCUCAUUCAAACAUGUAAAUCACAAUCAACAACAUCCGAUCCAGAAAUUCCAACAGUUAGAGCAAAUCCAGGUGCUGUGAAUGAUCAUCAUCACGAUGAAGAAAAUGGAGAUUAUUAUUACUAUAAGUAA